UGAGCGCCGGCCACGGCAGCAUGCGCGGGAAUUUGGUUUGCCGCUCGUUUCCCGAUUUUCCACGUUGCGAUACCUCGCUCGUGACUUGACUUGAACCACGAUCUCUCCUUGUGAAUUUCAUAUUUUCUUUAUUGUCGAAACGACAAAUCAGUGAAGGAAUAUAUCGUCCACGGAUUUAAAAGCAGCGAUCGUCGAUAGAAAUCAGGUGAAAAAAAGAGGGGAUAGAUAGAAGGGAGAAAUCCGUGAAACGAAUAAUUCCACUUCCUGUCACGACAGGAUCAUCUUCAACGGCAUUCAGGAUUCACCAGCAGGCAUGAUCGAAUGAUGGAGGUGAUUUCAACACGCCGAUACGAGGCCCGUCCACCGCCUGCGAGCCAUCCACCGAUUCUCAUCGACCCUGAGAAUUCCGUGGCUUUGGUCAAAGAAGAGGAAUGGGAGACACGGAAAAAGAAGGAAAUAACUACGACCAGACAGAUCGAGACGAGAGUGAAGCGACAAGUUGUGCUCGAGGAUGGCGAAGUGGUGGUCGAUUCAGGGCCCCUUGUCACCACCAAUACCACCGAGGACGUCGAGCAACAGGAGCACACCACGCAGGAAAGGCGCACGACCGGUGACCAACCGCAAGAAAUUGAAUGGGCGUCGGGUGGAAGGAGCUCCGUAGAUGGAGCUAGCAUAGUCCAGAAAGAAUUGAACGAGACGAUAGUGAGGAGUCGGGAGGAGAUCGAGGAGAGGCUGGAGACCGAGGAUCGUCAACAAUUGGGAGAUAUCUCGGACGAGGCAUACCAGAAGGCGGUGAGAAGCAACCAUCGGGGUGAUUUGAGAGCUGCCCUAGCCGAGUCUUGCAAACAGUUGGCGUCCCAAACCGGGCCCAGGGUCGUCCAGCACACGACCAAGUCGAACAAGGUGAUCGACACCGAGAAAACCUUGGAGAGGAAGGAGUUUAAACCCGAUGGAUUGAUCGUUACCGAGAGGAAACGUACGGUCGAGCACGAAGAGAUCAACGACGACGAGGUGCCGGACGAGGGUGGGGGGGCGAGCGACGUGAACGGUGACGCCGCGUCGGAGAGACGGAAGGAGAGCUCGCAGAGGUUCUCAAAAAAGAGGGACGAGGACGUGGUCGAUUAUAUCUCGGGUGGCGAGCGGGUCGCCCGUGAAAUGCGCUACGUCGCGGAGACAACCGAGGGAGAACGAAUCGGAGAUUGGACACCGCCGUCGCCCAUGGCCAUGCGAACCACACGUUUCCACAAGCAUUCCAGCUUCCCAGGGGAGAAUUUCCCGGCUCGUAAGGAUGUAUUGACGAGGAAACCGUUGGAUUUCGAGGAGGAAGACGAGGCGAGAAAAUUCGAAACGUCCAAGUGGUUGGAGAGCCACUUCGGUAGCGAGUCGCGCUCCUCCCAUGGAUCCGUUAACGCGUUGGACGACUCGCCCGUUCCAACGAGCGCGAACACAAGUUACAUCAACGUCACGAUGAAGUCUUGCCCGUCCAAGGACAGGGAUUAUCAAAACGCCUCGAAUCAACGGCAUCAACGGCGCAGCACUGGCCGCGACUCGGCGUCACCUUCAGGCUACUUUCACGGGAUAAGCGAGUGGUCUGAAAGGUAUCAGGGAAAAGAGAGGCAGAAUCAAGGGAGAACAAAUUCUCCGUCCCAAUACGUCGAGACGAUUCACACGAAUGGGCACGAUCAUUCGAGAAGCCAAGUCGAGUCGACGUACUCGAAAACAUACGAAUCCGUUGUUCGCCGCGAACACCAAGAAUCGUCCGAUCGAUCACGCACGCCGCCACCACCCGCUCGACGAAGAUCGAAAGAGCAGUGGAUACCGAGGCCCGAAGAGAAAACCAGUUUAAACGAAUCGACACCACCGGGCCGAGCAUCCAGCCCGGUUCACGUUGUGCAAAGAACGUGGGAAAAUCGUAAUCGAGAUGUCCAAGAGCAGGCGGUCGAGCAAGAGAAUCGGAAGAAAUCGGUAUCGAGAUCUCGGUCACCGUCGCCCACGUCGAAAUCGAAUUUCCGCAAUAACAAGAAAUCAAACGAGAUCGCGACUUCGACACCUGCUCGCCCUGCAAAAAGUAAAAGUUCCGGGCAUUCGAAAUACAAAAUAGGGGAAUCGUUCAGAAAAUUGGUGGGAAAAUUGCGUUCAGCCAGCAACGAAAGGAAGAGUAAACGCGCAAGUAGUAGCUCUAUCUCUCAAUUGACUCAGACGGACGACAGCGGUCCAACUUAUAUGCAGUAUAACGUGAUAGACAAGAACAUCCCACUGGUGAACGAGAAGAAUAUCGAGGGGAAUCCUCCCGAGAGACCGCCACGCUCCCCUAAAAACGCCACCACGAACAGUGGCUCGAGUAAGAGAACGGUGAGGACAGGCGACCAUCAUAUUGCGACUCAAGAGCAGUGGCAACGCAGCGAAUCGACACCGCCGUUGCACAGGUAUUAUCUGGGCGAGGAUCCAUUUGGAGGAAGCAUCUACGGUCGCGAAAAAGGAUACCGAGACGCGAGAAGAUCCGGAAAGCCACGCGGUAGAACGGUCGCAGAGACCGUGUACAGCGUCGCAUCCAGUUCACUUGGCAGAUUUAGCAAGUCUACCAGUCGAUUAGCCAACGAUCACGAGAGAGAGGAUCACUGUAGGAGCACGCAAACCCUGCCGAGGAAUCUGCACACCGGGGGACAAUAUGUUCGGUCGCAGCCUCAGUCGAGACGUCAGCCACCAGUUGUUAGUAGCACGAGCAAAUUGGGAACGUCGCAUGCCACCAUCCCUUCAUCGGGUAACAAGUCGCGUCAAUAUGGGAGCAUGAUCAAUAUUUCCAUCAAGAACACGGUCACAUCGCCGAAAGUGUCAAUAUCGAGCAAUGUCCAACCACCGGUCAAGCCAGAACGAACUUACAAAUCCUUGUCGCGUAGCAAGAGUUUUAAUGUCGAGGCUGAUAGAAAUGGUACCAAUACACCACCACUCAGAAUACCGUACACAUCUAACUUGCAUUUAAAUCGAUUAGAUGAGACGCCUCCAUUGAAGAGUCCAGGCAUCUUGGCCAGUAUCAAUCGUAGUAACAAAGAUCUAUUGAGAAACGGUAGACACGAGUAUUGAGUUAUCUUUAUUAAAUUUUUCUUCGAUUAGAGACUUUUUAAAUAAUUUCACAAUGAACUGGUUCUUUCUUUUUUUUUUUUUUUUUUUUUUUUUAUUAUAGUGGAAUUCAUCGCGCGGGUAUUAUUAUCGUGAAUAAUUUAAGCUUUUUAUGUAAAAUAUUUAUAGUGUAAAGUAUUAUUAAUAUUGCCCACAUUGAUCAUAUAGAUCAUAUGAUAAGAGGAUAGAUUUGUUUUGUAUAAACCAAUGAAACUAUAUUUUAUCUUAACUUUUUCAAACAAAUUCUUAUUACAACACAAUUCACGUAUGAUUUAUUUUUUUCUUAGUUCAUGUAUUCAGUUACAAGUCCAAGAUUACAUAUCAUUGGUAGAUGGGAACGAGAUAGCAAUAAUAAUUUGUUUUUAGAAAUAUGUGAUUAAAUGUUAAAUCUUGCAAUAUUUUAUUUCUGUAUCAUAUUAAAAUGAAAUUAUAAUUCUUUCAGAAUA